GGCAAGGCCGGCGGGGCCGAUGGGGCUGCCCCGCGGCAGCGCGAGGCCAGCGAAGAGGCAGCGCAGCGAGAGGAGGAGCAAGAGGACGAUGGGGAUGAGGACCUGCGAGACGGCGGGGUGCCCUUCUUCGUGAACCGGGGAGGGCUGCCGGUCAACGAGCCCACCUGGGAGAGGAUGUGGCGGCACGUGGCCAAGAUCCACCCCGAGGGGGAUAAGGUGGCACAGAGGAUUCGGGGAGCCACUGAUCUACCCAAGAUUCCCAUACCGAGUGUGCCUGCGUUCCAGCUGUCCACCCCCAUCCCUGAGCGCCUGGAAGCCAUACAGCGCUACAUCAGGGAGCUUCAGUACAAUCACACUGGGACACAAUUCUUUGAAAUUAAGAAGAGCAGACCUCUGACUGGGCUGAUGGACCUGGCUAAAGAAAUGACCAAAGAGGCCCUGCCAAUCAAAUGCCUGGAAGCUGUGAUCCUGGGAAUUUACCUCACCAACAACAUGACCACACUGGAGCGUUUCCCCAUCAGCUUCAAAACUCACUUCUCAGGGAACUACUUUCGUCACAUCGUGCUGGGGGUGAACUUUGGGGGUCGCUAUGGGGCACUGGGCAUCAGCCGGCGCGAGGAACUCAUGUACAAGACACCCACCUUCCGCACAUUGAGUGAGCUGGUCUUCGAUUUUGAGGAGGCGUAUCGCCGCUGCUGGCACACCCUCAAAAAGGUGAAACUGGGCCAGUAUGUGUCUCAUGACCCACACAGUGUGGAGCAGAUUGAGUGGAAGCAUUCCAUCUUGGAUGUGGAGAAGCUGGGCCGUGAGGACUUCCGCAAAGAACUAGAGAGACAUGCACGUGACAUGAGGCUGAAGAUCAGCAAAGGGGCAGGACCACCAUCUCCCACAAAGGACAGGAAGAAAGAUGUGUCCUCCCCACAACGGGGCCAGUCCAGUCCACAUCGCCGCAACAGCCGUGGGGAGAGACGGCCAUCUGGUGAGAAGAAGCCUGCUGAUUCCAAAGCAAUGCCAGACCUCAAUGGGUACCAAAUCCGGGUGUGAAGUGUGCCAUGCCUUCCAUGCCUGGCUUCACAGACUACUCACUGGCCACACUCAGGACCUGGAGCAGCCCACAGCAAGCUCAAUGUGGAGAAAAGGGAAGCAGGCAUUGGGUGCAGGUCUUCCAAGAUACCUCCUAACAGGUUGACCCUGGAGCUGGAUCCCAUGGGUUACACAAGAUUCACAGGCCUGUUUUUGGAAGGAGUGUGGAUUUUCUUCUCUUUUUAAAUCCAUUUAAAUAAGAUUUUUUUUCAUUUUCUUUUUAAAGAAAGCUCUACCAGUUGGUAGAAAGAUGCUGCAGGGGGUUGGGAAGCUGCCUGCUGUUUACAAUGAAGGACGGAGAGGGUUGGGCCAGCAGAGCUCAGAUGUCCUAUAGGAUCCUUUGGGAUGAGAAUAUCAAAGUGGGACUAGUCCACCGUGCCUCUUUCCCUUUUGUGAGGAAGGUCUCAAACAGUGCAAAGCCCUGGAAUAGGGGCAGGGAAGGUCUUGGAAUGCAAAGACCCCAGCUCUAGUGCAAAGAUUGCAGGUUUGUAACUCCUGUCUUGCUGUAGACCUGCCAGGGGGAGGCAGGAGGGGAGGAGUAGGGGCACUCAGAUACAUUACUUCCCUCAGUUUUGCUUUGCUCAUGAUGGAAGAGCCUCAUACAGUGCACAUUCAGUGCAGCCUGCAGUCUGACCCCCAUGUUUCAUUCGUUUGAGCCAGGGCACAUGGAAGAUGAGUGUCUCGUUUUUUACUUGCGAAUGCUUUGUUUCCCUUCUCUUCAUGGUAGGCUGCUAUGGCAACAGGGUGAUGGUGCCUGACUGGCAGGCUGGAAACCUGAUCUCUGGCCAAAGCUCUUGGUGUUACUUCUGAGAAGCUGAUGGUGAGAGCUUUAGCCAAGAGGUGCAGGCUCUAGGAUGAAAGUGAUGGAGGGGAUCAUCUGAUAAUAAGCAUCUUUCAUAAAAGAUUCUUUCCUCCCCUCAGGGAGAGGGGGUUUUACUCCAUCCUUGCUGUCAAGUUAGUGUUAUAAGAGCCCCUUCUCAUCCUGGAUCUUGGGUACCAGCAUUAAAAUAAGUAUUCAAGCUACGUGCAGGGCUCUGUUCCAAGGGCCUUUGUGCUUGGGCAAGAUAAGGUAGUGGCUUCUGGUCCCUAUGUCCAUGUUGCUGUAUUCAUCCCUUUGCCCUCGUUUACAGCCAGUAGUGGCCAAAGCCUUCCUCAGUGCCUGUAAAAGUGCAGUGCAUUGCUGUCUCUAAGAACGCAGAGAGCAUUUGCUCAGCAAAUCCCCCGUGGCAGUCCCCUCAGGGUGGGUUAAGGAAACACCACUUUUCCUGUUCCCUCACAGCAUAUUUCCUGGGUAGAAAAGACCUGGUGUGAUGCAGCGUUUUGUUCUCACUGAAUAACAGUUCAUCUUCUCUCCAUUCAGCUUGGUCUACGCUUACCAAGAGACCAAGUUUUGAGCAACUUAAGGUUGGGGUGUUCCAGAAAGGUCAGAAACAAAUGCCCAAGUUAGGGAGUAGAACUUGGUGUACCACCCGGAUCAAGACUGAAAUGUCUGAAAUUACUGCUGUAGAGCAUCCAUUUCCCCUUCUCUUCAGCCUGGCUUGUUUGGCCUGCAUUUGUCCAUCCUCCUGGGAGCACAGCCAUGUUUCUGCUGUUAUGACAGCUAGGUUGUCUUGCUGUACUACCUGACCAUUCUACCUGAUUACAGACUGGGCAACUCCCUAAAGGAGAGCUGUGUACUACCGGUUAGAACUGAGGAGCCCUGUGGCCCUUCUGUAUGGGGCCUGCACUUGGAAGAGUGGGGAUGCUAGAAAUCAGGAGUGAGGUGGAUGAUGGGUUGGUGAGUCAAGGUUGAGGUGUAUAGACAUAACUACAGGCUGGGAAGCCAGGUCUUGUGACAUCACUAAAAGAAUGUCAAAUAUGGCAGUAUCUAAAUCCUAUUGGAACAGGGCGUAUCUUUCUUGCCCUUAAACGUAUUACAAGCUCAGGCCAGGUAUCUACUAUACUUGUUUGUGUUGUCACAACCAGGCCAAGUCACGCUGUGUCUCGAUGUGGAUAGCAUAGAAUAGAUUUUUGUUCCAAAUAAUAAAACUCGUCUGAAUUGAAGCAGUAUUAGCUCUUGAAGCACUGCCCAGAAGUGCUUAACUAAUUCUGAGUUGCAUGUCCUUCACCCUCAUUUGGAUAGCUGUUCUUUACUCAUCACUGCAGCCUGUCCUGCUAGGUCCUCUCUCCGCUCUGUUCUUACUGCUGUAUGGAAACUACACUACAAACCCCACAUACACUUAUCUGCCACAAGUAUUCCAUUGUACACAAAAAAGAAACAGUUAAUGAUUGAGAAAUAAGAUCAUGUGACUGGUCAAGCAGACAGUUAUACUAAUUUGGUGGGGAUUGUGCCGUGUUUCAAGCUGAUCUGUCUUAAACAGUUUGUGUGUAUGCUUUACUCUGCAAUAAGAAGCCACACAGUAGAAAUAUACUGUGUUUGGCAGCUCUUUCAUUCCAGGGGAAGUUGACCUGGUUUAGCACACUGAAGGAUAAAGCAGACACAUGAAACAGUUGCAGUGGAUCAGCUGAUGAACAUUUGUAAGCAGUGAUUUCCCUCCUCCCUCCCCCACUACUCCUCUUCCCAAUCUUUAAAUUGGUCUGAUUGUUUUCAUUCAAAAGUUGCCAUUUAGAUGCUCCAUCUGGCUUGUACUAUGUUCUUGUAAAUUACUGUAUCAAGUAUUAGAUAUUAUGAUGAUGAAAUGCUCUAGAAAUACUGUAGGUGCAAUUCACAGACAAAUGUAUAUAAUGUGGAUUAUAAGGAACAAUUUCACUUCCCUGUAUAUACUGUUCUGCAGUUGUUUAAGGAUCUACGUAAUAUCAUGUGGGAGCCAGUGAAAUUAUCUACCAAGCUCAAGGCAGAUUGAAGAUGAAAAAAAUCAGAAAAUAGCCAAUUUUCAUAAAUCAGUAUAUGGCCUCUCCUUAAGUGUGGCCCAGUCAGUCAACAAAAGCUCUUGAGAAUGAGAAGCCUUGUGGAAAGUACGUUCAUUAGUUAGACAGAUUUAGAGUUGAGCUUUUUUAUUAAGUGGAAAGAAGCAAAAGAGGCCUGCAGUAAAAACCUGGUUAGCAAAGAGUACGCCACGUGUUAAUAAUACUUUCCCAUGAGCAGGGCAAGGGGAUGCUGUGUGACAUGAAUGGGUCACCAAGACAGACUCGCUAAGCUAAGAAAGACUAAAUGCUUUGUUCUAUUCUACAUUUAAGCUGUACAGCUUUCUUCCUGAAUGAUGGCACUGAGACUAGUAGUUUAAAAAAUUUAAUUAAGUGGAUGUUUAAGGGAAUGCAUGGCAGGUAAGAGUUCUUCAAGAUCUCAUAAUCAUCAUCCUUUAGAACAGGGGUGUCAACCAUACAGCCCAUGGGCCUGUGGAGCCUUAUGAUCUGGCCUGUGCGGCAUAGCCCCAGCUGCACAAGACCUGGCACUGUGGGCAUUGCAUGUGGCAAGCAUGGGGUGCAUACAGGGCUGGUCCUAAAUAAGCUCUGUGCACUGGCUUGGGCUGGUGUGGACUGGUUUGGGCUGUAGCCAUUGCAUAGGACCAGUCUGAUCAGACACCACACACAGCAUGCACUCUGUGCUGGCCUUUGCCAUGUGUUCAGCACACACCAGUCCCACUUCAGGAUUUGCACUGCGCACAGCACUUGAGCUGCAUACAGUACAGGGGUUCCAGGGCAUAAGCUGUAUGUGGCACCCUGCCAGACCAGCCCUGCAUGCUGGCUCUGGUGUGCAUGGAUGUGCUGGAGCCUAAUUCAGACCGGCCCCAGAGCCAGCAUGCAGGUCAGUCUACCAGGGCAGCACCUGAAGCCCAUGCCAUGGACCCCCAACACCACAGAUGCUGCACAUGGCACGGGGGCAGUCUGCAUCUGGCCCCUAGACUGGCCCAGUGACCGUCUUCCAGUCCAUGGGGGUGGAUGAGUUUGACACCCCUGCUUUUGAGCAUUCAGCAGCUGGGGGCCAGAAAGAUUAUUCUCUUUCACAAUGUAGUGUGCAACUAAGUAUAUUAGAAGAAGCAGAACUACUUGAGGCUUCUCACAUCACUGUUUUAAUACAGUGUGUGCGCCAGAGGUUCACUGGUGAUGCUCUUGCAUUCCUACACUGGGGGAAGCACAGGGAGACUGGAAACAACCCAAUAAUUACACUCUUGCUCUUACUCUCCUUACUGCUGUAAGAGCAACUGUAAUGAGACAGUUCACUAUAACUCAGCCUGCCUUGCUAAGGUGGCAGAGGUCUCUGUGGCAACAGGCAAGAGAAUUUCUGCAGUGAAUCUUCUGCUAUGGAAAAUUAGGGUACACAAAAUAUUUACCAUAACCUGUAAUUCUGCUGUUGAGCAGAGAGAGAAAGUCAAUACUGUCUGCAAGAAAGCAGCAGCCUGGCUACUAGACCCAAACCUAGGACUCCAGUGGAACUUAUGCCUGGAGUCAGUCCUAAUACUUUUUCUAAACCUCUGUAAAGAAAAGAACUAAAGAGCUAUUGAGAGUGAAGGAAAGGAGGAUGACUCUGUCUAUAUUCUUUGAUGUUCACGUGACAAAAUGUGUUUGAGACCAUAGGAUUUUGUCGUUGUUGCUGCCUCGGAGCCAGCACUAGCAUGAUGCCUCUAAGAUUGAACGUAAAUGACUAAUAUGGGGGAUUUUUUUAUGGUCGUGUGUAUAGAUUUUUUUACUACUGCCCCAUUUUACAUCCACUUCGUAGUGCAAGGGGAGGUGCAAUUGUUUUGGCAGAAAAGCCAUAAAUUAGCCCUGCAUUCUCCCUGUGUGCCACUCUGUUCCCCUUCCUCUGCCUGAUCUCCUGCUCUGCUUUUUUCCAGUGCUGCCUGUCUCCUCCCCGAUCUGUUGUGUGCUGCACCAAGGCUGCCCAUGGCAUUUGUCCUAUAGGUUAACUGCGCCUGUCCUAGUCUAUGCCUUUCUGAAACCGGAAGGAAGUGCCUCCAUAUACCAAGAAGGGCUAGACCCUGCCUGUGCUAUCUAUGUAUGUAGCCUAUGUAGGCUUAAAGGAAAAGGCCUUACUUUAACAGGAGCUGAAUUCUUGUUAGCAAGAACAUUCCUCAGUGUGAAUUUUGGACUUAAAACGCAGCCUGUCCUAAUAAAAAGGUGGCCUUGGAAUAGAUAGGGCCUCUGACACCAGCCCAACUGGCAACUUUGAAGACUUUUUCAGAUGAAUGUGCUAGCAAGUAUGGAACAAAAGAUUCCUUCUAAAGGGGGUAACUACCCUGGUUUAAGCACACUGAGCUGCUAAGCAGUGUGAGAGCACACCUUCACCAGAAGCUGCAGUACUUGAGUCUUGUCAGACCCUGACAAGCCCCAGCUAGAGAAGGUGUGAUAUUGUGUUAAAGUGAUUAUUUUAUUCUUAUGCCACUGUGCAUAUAUAGCACAUCUUGGUAGUGUACUCUGUUCCCACAGCUAGAGUAAGUGAUCCCACAGCCUUGGCUGGGUUGUUGUUUGUAUUGAGCAGAAAAAAGGAGCAGUAAGUUGUUUGCACAGUAGCUGUAGUCCUGUUACCAGAUCUGUGUUGUGAAGAAUGUUGGCUUAGUCUUUCAGUUGAAAACCUUGACCAGAUUCCCGUCUAAAUAAUCACUGGUUCACGUGUCGUGUAAAUCUAGUCACAACUGUUUUUAAAUCAAAGAAACUAUACUGAAGAAUCCUCUGCUACCAGGAGGCAAAAGCUUGGACUAGAGGGAAGCAGUCAGUUUACUAUUUCUAGUGGCUGGAAGCUCCAAGGGCACUGGCUUUUGCUCCUGAUUUGGGCCAGUUACUUUAGCAAGUUGCUUCUUAUGAUUGAAGUAUUCAGAGCAGCCUGGUGUCCAGGGAAUAGAUGCAAACAAGGCAGGGUCUAUACCCUGUCUGUUUGUUGUGCAAGUCUGCUUGGCUGAAAUAGCACCAUGUGCUCUACUAGUUUUGCACUAUUGUCCUGUUUGAUAUAUAGAACUUGAACAGGGGAAGCCUGUUGCCCAACCCAAGAAAGCUGCUGCUGCUCUUGCUUCAGCACAGCUGGAACCAAGUGAGAUGCUGACAACCCCUGUACAGGCAAGAUGAACUUCUGCGGGAGUUUAAAAAGCUUGCCAGGCUCCUCAGCAGAUGUUUACUCAUAUCAAUGACCACUCUCCCUCUGGGGGGGUGCCCCUGGCCUUGUCUGCUCAGGAGCAAUCCAGCUUAGGCCAGGAUGGCAACUGAAUCCCCUGUAACCUCUGCAGAGCAGAGUCCCCCCCACCCCCUCCCCAGGCCCUUCCCCCAGCCUCCAGGCCAGGGCUGAUAUGGUGCUAGUGGGACCUGUGUGGUCCCUUCCUUAUGCAUCAGUAUUCUCUUCUAGCAUCUGUCCAGUACUCCAGAAUCAUUUACCUCUUAUCACUGGAGCAGCGCAGAACUAACCAAGAUUACUUUCUUCAUGGACUUAACAAGUGUGUCUUUUGUAACAAGUAGCAAUUCCAUGUACCUGUGCAGGCAACACAGAACCAGUAUUUAGAUUUAGUUCUUACUGCACCUCUGUAGCCCUCAUGUUUAUUUCUUCUUCCCACUUUUUUUUCAUACUAGAAAAUAAAAUUCACCUCUGCACACGCAAC